UGAGCUACACCAUGACAAAAACAAGCCUUCUCCCCAUGCUGCUCAUUCUCUCAUUUUACUUUCUUCAAGGACAUGGUUUGCUUGACAGAUACACUGUCAAGGUAUUCAGCGGCCUUCCCCCAGACAAAUCCCCCGUUUUCGUCCAUUGCCAAUCCAGCGAUGAUGAUCUUGGAUUUCGCGAACUGGGACCUCAAGGAGAGUUCUCCUGGUCCUUCAAGCAGAAUUUCUUCGAGACCACCCUGUACGAUUGCCGCUUCCAAUUUGGUAGCGACAUCCUUGAAUUUGAUGUCUUUAACAAGCAUCUGGCCAAGCAGAUAUGUGGAAGGGAUAACAUAUGUUUUUGGUAUGUAAAGGUGGAUGGUAUCUACUGGGCUAAAGACUCUAAUUUGAAUGAUAUUUACUUGUACAAAAGCUGGCAAUGAUUGUCAACUUCUUCUGCACCUUUUUUAGUAGUGCAAUA